AUGGGGCCUCAGGGGCUGGGGAUAACUUUUGUGACUUUGCCUCUUGUCAUCCGAGCGGCCGCGGGAGGGCAGUGGUGCUACGACUCGCAGGACCCCAAGUGCGGCCCCAGCCACUGGAAGGAGCUGAAGGCCACAUGCGGCGGCAGCAAGCAGUCCCCAGUUAACAUCGACAGGCGCCGGCUGCAGAGGGACAGCGGCCUUGGGGACAUCGUCUUUGAGGGCUACGACCAGGCCCCCCCGGGCAAGUGGAGGCUGGUGAACAAUGGGCACACGGUGAUGCUGAGCCUGGAGGGUGAGCCGGCCUCCGAGCACAUCGCCAUCAGCGGCGGUGGCCUCCCCGGCCGGUACCGCGCGCUGCAGCUCCACUUCCACUGGGGCAGCCCGGCCGGGAAUGGCUCCGAGCACACCCUGGACGGGCACCAGCUCCCCAUGGAGCUGCACAUCGUCCACAUCAACGUCAAGUACCGCACCCUGGGGGAGGCCAAGGGGCACCCGAGCGGGCUGGCCGUCCUGGGCUGCUUCUUCCAGGUCUCUGAAGCCCCAAACCCCAACUACAACACCAUCGUCAGUGGCCUGAGGAACAUCUCCCACGCUGGGCAGUCUGUGGACCUGGCCUCCACCUUCCGCCUGGGCACACUGCUGCCACAUGCCAGCCGGCUCUCCAGGUACUACCGCUACCAGGGCUCCCUCACCACCCCUGACUGCAGCGAGGCCGUCGUCUGGACCGUGUUCGAGGAGCCCGUGGACAUCGGCUGGGCGCAGCUGCGGGCGUUCGUGAACACCGUCUACUUCCCGGCCUCGGGCCCCAUGCCCCUGAAGAUGACCGACAACUUCCGCCCACCACAGCCACUCCGCAGCCGCAAGGUCUUCGCCUCCAGGGACGCCACCUCGAGCCGCGGCUGCCCCUGCCACCUCCUGUCCCCCCUGCUCCUUCUGGCCCUGCUCAGCCCCCUCUCGCCAUCCCCAUAG